GUUCUUUUUCAUUUCAUUCAUACAUACAGCGCCCUCUCUCUCUCUCUCUCUCUCUCUCUCUCUCUGCAACAAGACACCCCCACCGGCGCCCCGCGACCCUAUUUCAAAUUUCGAAAACAACGCCAUCUUUCAACCGUUAAUUUUAACAUUUGGUUAUGUCGUCGCAACAAGGUGUUGGUGGUGGUGGUGGUGGUUCAGGAAACAACAAUGCAGUGGAUUUUGACCUAUCUGACGAAAUUCUGGCGGUUAUACCAACGGACCCAUACCAUCAGCUGGAUCUCGCUCGGAAAAUAACUUCCAUGGCAAUUGCUUCUAGGGUUUCAUCUCUUGAAUCAGACACCGGUCGCCUUCGUCAGAUUCUUCUAGAAAAGAACCGAGUUAUCAAUGACCUAGAGGACCGUGUUUCUACUCUCACUCGCGCUUCUCAACAGGCUCAUUCUGCCCUAAAUAAUGCCGUUGAACAAAAUGCAAAGCUUACAAAGGAGAGGGAUGAAUUGGCAGCAACAGUCAAGAAGCUAAGUCGUGACUUUGCUAAGUUGGAGACAUUCAAAAAACAACUGAUGCGGUCGCUAGCUGACGACAAUCCACCUCAAGCUGAAACCAUUGAUAUUAGAACCUGUGACCAAGCAGUUCCAAAGGCAUAUCCUGAUAAGGAUGAUGAUGGAAAUGGCUAUACAACACAUCAUUCAUACAGUGGCUCAGCAGAUGUGGGUAAAACAGUUGAUGAAGCUCCCAGGUAUUCAGGGCAAAAGUUUUCCUUGACCCCAUAUAUAACACCACGUCUUACACCAACUGCAACUCCAAAAGUUAUCUCAACGGCUGCUUCUCCAAGAGGAUAUUCUGCGGCUGUAUCACCCAAGCAAACAUCUGGUGCCACCUCUCCCACAAAAGUUUCAUAUGAUGGACGGUCAUCUCUCUCUUCAUGGUAUCCAUCAAGUCAACAGUCAUCAGCAGCAAAUUCUCCACCUCGAGGACGAUCAAUUCCAGGUCGAACUCCAAAGAUUGACGGAAAGGAGUUUUUUCGUCAAGCCAGGAGUCGCCUUUCAUAUGAACAAUUCAGUGCAUUUCUUGCUAACAUAAAAGAAUUAAAUGCUCAGAAACAAACACGAGAGGAAACUUUGAGAAAGGCAGAUGAGAUAUUUGGGUCUGAUAACAAAGAUCUUUACCUAUCUUUUCAAGGAUUGCUUAACCGGAAUGUACGCUAGGACUGAAGACAACAUUGCUUGUAAUUGUAUAAGUUGGUCACUGAUCCAACUCAGCACUCUUGGGCUGAUUUUUCAACUCAUUUCUCUUUGAUUCAUUGAAUCAAAAUCCUACUAAGCACUGAUCUGAGCUACUGAAAUCGAGAUGUAUACAUUUUAGGGCUUGUUUUGAAAACUGUUUUCUUUUUUAAAAAAUUGAAACCCUGUUUGAAUAUAUUGUUUUGCAAAUUUGUUUUUGAAAACAAUUUUCAGUUUUGCUGCUUUUAGAAGAAAAAAUGGGAAUUUCUAACCAUUUGACUACUUGAUUAAAAAAAGAAAAGGAAAGAAAGGGAAAUGGUAUAUGGUGUUUUGCUUUUUAA